AUGACGGUCAACGAUGGUAGCAUUCUGACUCCGGUAUCCUCAAAACCACCUACAGAUCUCCGACAUGAACUCAAACAUACUCGAAGAGCUAGCACAGCUCAAAGCAGAAGUCACUCGCCUCAAAGCAAAAGACGAGAUCAAUAUGCUCAUGGGAAGGUCAGCUUGAAUCGAUCGCCCCGAAGUGUUGUGGACCACUAUCGCGUUCCAAGACUGGCAGCUUGCAAUGUAUUUUCAAAUUUCCCUUCAAUCUUUGAUUGCAUAUUACUUCUGCGAAAUUUCUUAGCCAAUCAUUUCGGUCUUGGCGGACAACUUGGAUUUUCGCGGGCGGUGGCCGCGGUGUCUAGAUUGGCAGCUGCGCUGCCAAUCAACCACGUAGCCAAGAACAUGCACAAUACAUUAAGUUUCUUCGCACUCGACGAACCAGAUGUGUCCGUAGAAGUCGGAGAUCGUGGUGUCUACCGCGGAAAAGUUGCCAUAACCACACUAUUUCAAGACCAGUUCGGAUCUGCGACUCUAAAAGGCAAUCUCCUCUUCCCGUUCCUCACGACUGGGAUGAUCGAAGUUGCUGGUGAUGGUAAAACUGCCAAAGGAACAUGGCGAUCUCCAAGCGUACAAGCAGUCAUGUCGGACGCAGGGCCAGAACCAAUUUGGCUCUUUGGUGCUUAUGCGAUCGACUUUAUCAAGAAGGGGGAUGAUUGGAAGAUAUGGCAUUUUCAUUGGUACCGAACUAUCAAGUGCAAUCAUCACAAAGGCUGGGUCGAAGAUCAAUCUACGUCCGUUACAUUCUACGAGUUCAAGAGAGAAAACCAGACUUACACACCUCUACCAAGCUCCCCCGACAUCGAGCCAACAACCUACCACAACCCAUACACCCCAGAAAGCAUCCAAGACUCCAUCCCAGGUUGUCCUCCACCAUACGAGCAUUAUGACGGCCCAUCAUGGCAAAACACAGACCAAGCUCAAUUUCCUCCGUCUACACGAGCCAUAUUCUUGCAAUACCCAACAAUACCAGCUUUCGCAGUAGAAUACCAAGACCCACCACCUCCCAACCGCGCUCCCACAAUCGAACUAAUAUCAACAAUCCUCGCACCUCGUUCAGGACUCGUUCUAAGAAAAGCUUCGGUAGGGUAA